AUGUAUUGAUGUUUAUAUGUAGUUUAUUAUUAAUAAUAAUAUUAGGUUAUUAUUUUAUUCGCUCAGUACACUCUGUGGUUUGUCGGUACCCGGUGGCUUUAGGACCCAGCAUGCGCGUGCACUGAGACACCGAGCGCCUCUGAAAAAGAAACGGGGCCAAAAGAGAGAGAGAGAGAGAGAGAGAGAGAGAGAGAGAGAGAAAAGAAAGAGAAAAGCGGGCGCCCGGGAGCGCGAGGAGUAUUCGCGUGUUGUCUCUGCUAGCGCGAGCUCUCCGUGUCCGUGUCCACGUUCGCGCAGUUCCGGUACCGGACACCGGGAGUUUCACACACUGAGCGGUCCAGAGGCGGUCAUGUCGGUACACAGCGCCGGUACCGGAGACAGAAAGUAUUAGCGGUGGAGGCAGGUAUCAGGUGUUGAUGUGCAUGUGAUGGAGGACACAUGUUCACAUAAACUCAGCUCAACGAAGCUCCUGAAGCUCCUCAUCAUCAUCCUGCCCUGUGUGUGUGGCCUCAUCUGCCUCCUCACACUGCUGCUUGCCUUUACAGGAAUAAUCGGGAAUGGGCUGCUUGACUCCAGUGACUCCGCCCCUCUCUCCGCCACGGACAUUUCCAUGACGACCCUCAUCCCCCUUGUUGCCGUAACGAUGGAUCGCCUUGCUGUUGUUAACGCCACGGCGACAAUCUCGCAUAUCAGCACAGGAACAUUCCAUCAAGAAUCACCUUCCACUGACCCGUCGAUGUCCGACUCUUCUUCAUCACCAUCAUCUCCAUUGGAUGCUACGCCUACUUCGACUGCUGAUUGGUUACUGGGUUUUUCCACCAUAAGUGCUUUGUCGAGUGUCGAACCCACGAGCACGAACACUGAGCCUGGUGCAUGCUAUGACAUCACAGAAGCUCAGUGUCACAUGUUGGCGUAUAACCGGAGUGGCGUGUUGCCGGGGGCGAUGGUGGUGAAGCGUGGAGAGAUGGAGAUGUUCUUGCGCUUCUUCACAUACCUGAACAGACUGAACUGUUACUCACACAUCAUGCUGUUCGGCUGCACCAUCGCACUGCCGCAGUGUGUCACUGAGGGGGGCGACAUGCGUGUGAUAUUACCGUGUCAGUCGUUCUGUGAAGCGGCGAAGGAGGGAUGUGAAUCUGUUCUUCAGAUGUUUAACGCAUCUUGGCCUGACUUCCUGCGCUGCUCACAGUUCCUCAACGUCACCACGGCAACACCUGGAAUCACGCCCACCUGCUACACCCCACGCCAUGCAAAGGGCCGAGCCUCUGUGUGUGGAGGCACUGACAGCUUCCUCUGUGCAACAGGAAUGUGUGUCCCCCAGAAACUGGUGUGUAAUGGGUUUAACGACUGUGAUGACUGGAGUGAUGAAGCUGACUGUGUGUGUUCAGGAAAAGAGUUCAGUUGUGGAACUGGCCGCUGUGUGAAUGCGUCUCUGCUGUGUGAUGGGUAUGACGACUGUGGGGACCUCAGUGACGAGCACAACUGCAAGUGUGACGUGUUGAAGGAGCACCGGUGUGGAGAUGGACGUUGCAUUCCACUGGAGUGGCUCUGUGAUGGAGAUCAUGACUGCCUGGACAAGAGCGACGAACUCAACUGCUCGUGUAAAGCACAGGGCUUGUUGGAGUGUAACAACGGACAGUGUAUCCCCAGUGCUUUUCACUGUGAUGGUGAGGAAGACUGCAAGGAUGGCAGCGAUGAAGAAAACUGCACAAAACAGCUGCUUCAUGGCUCAUGUCCGCCAGGUCAGCACAGCUGUAUUUCCACUUCCUGUUCUCCUGGGUGCGGUGGUGCUGGUCCCUGUGAACCACGCAACACCAGCGCUAACUGCAGUGGCUGUGAGCCAAUCUCCUUGGAGCUGUGUAUGAACCUGCCGUACAACACCACACGGUUUCCGAACUAUCUGGGCCAUCAGUCUCAGAAGGAGAGUUCGGUGAGCUGGGAGUCCUCGCUCUUCCCUGCACUCGUUCAGACAAACUGCUACAAAUACCUCAUGUUCUUCGCCUGCACCGUCCUCGUGCCCAAGUGUGACCUGCUAACACACCAGAGAGUGCCACCUUGCAGGUCUCUCUGCAGGAGCUCUAAAGAGCGUUGUGAGUCAGUGCUGAGCAUUGUGGGAUUGCAGUGGCCUGAGGAAAUGGACUGCGCUCAGUUUCCUGAGGAAGGACAAGAAAACACGCCUUGUCUCCUUCCUGACCUGGACGUAGAAGAGUGUUCACCGAGUCACUUUAAGUGCCACUCGGGGAGGUGUGUGCUCUCCUCCAAACGCUGUGACGGACACACGGACUGCGAUGAUGACAGUGAUGAGGAACACUGUGGUUGUAGAGAGCGUGGACUGUUUGAAUGCCCCUCAGAUAAAUCCUGCAUCAAGAACUCUAUGAUCUGCGACGGUUUUCCGGACUGCAGCCUCCUGGAGGACGAGAAGAACUGCUCGGUGUGUAACGAUAAUGAGCUGGAGUGUAAUAAUCACGAGUGUGUGCACCGGACUCUGUGGUGUGAUGGGAGGAAGCACUGCACAGACAGCUCGGACGAGUGGAACUGUGUCUCUCUCUCCAGCUCGGUGCUGUUGGUCAGUAAGACGGCGGUGGACUAUCAGGUUUGUGCUGAUGAGUGGAACCCGGAGCUCAGCACCAUCGCUUGCAAACAGCUGGGUUUAGGAGCUCCUCUGUCAACUGAAGUGAUGGAGGAUGUGUACAGUUUUGGGAGGAGGCGCUGGCUUCAUGUUCAUCCUGACUGGAGCCACCGUAACAACACCGCACUGCAGGGGCUUUUGGAGAAAAGAGGGCAUUCGUGUCACUCACGCAAGAAGAUUGCUCUUCACUGCACCCGAGGCGAGUGUGGGCGCAGGCCUGCAGCACGGCUGGUGAAAAGGAUUCUGGGAGGGCGUACGAGUCGGCCGGGUCGCUGGCCAUGGCAGUGUUCUCUACAGAGCGAGGAGAGCGGCCAUAUCUGCGGCUGUGUCCUGAUCGGGAGGAGGUGGGCUCUCACUGUGGCCCACUGCUUCGAGGGGCGAGAGAGUGCAGAUGUGUGGAAGGUGGUGUUGGGGAUCAAUAACCUGGACCACCCAUCCACACACACUCAGACGCGGAGUGUGAAGAGUGUGACGGUGCAUUCGCGCUACAAUCGCGCCGUGGUUGAUUACGACAUAAGCAUCAUUGAGCUGGACGAGGACGUGCACAUCAGCAGCCACGUGCGGCCCGUGUGUUUACCCGAGCCUGGACACACACUCACACCUGACACCUACUGCUACAUCACCGGCUGGGGGCACAUGGGCAACCGCAUGCCCUUUAAGCUGCAGGAGGGCGUGGUCAGGGUGAUCUCUCUCUCUCAGUGUCAGUCAUAUUUUGACAUGAAGACCAUCACGUCUCGGAUGCUCUGUGCGGGUUACGAGGCCGGAACCAUCGACUCCUGCAUGGGUGAUAGCGGUGGUCCAUUGGUGUGUGAGGACCCGGACGGUCGCUGGACUCUGUAUGGUCUGACCUCAUGGGGCUCUGUGUGUUUCUCCAAAGUGCUUGGACCCGGAGUGUAUGCCAACAUCACACACUUCACUGAGUGGAUCAGUAGACAGAUAUACUUACACACCUUUCACCUGGUCUAGGACACAGACACACACACACACACACACACACUCUCUCUCACACACACACAUAUACCCUGUAAUGGAAAUAUAAAAUGGGAAAUGUUGAAUGUAUGUUAUCUAAUCAUUCCAGAAGGAAAAGUGUGUGUGUGUGUGAGAGAGAGAGAGAGAGAGAGACUUACAUUGUGACUCUUUUGUCUUAGAAGUGGUCUUUUUAUCAUAUGCAUUACAAAAAGAAAAAUCAAAAGCCACUUUGAUUGUGUGUGUGUGUUAAUUAUAGACUGUUAAAUGUUGCUGCUAUCUUUGUUACCUGUUGCCAAACUACCACAGUAGAAAUGUUAAUGUUGAAAAGUGUGUGUGUGUGUGUGUGCACGCACAUGUGUAUGUGUUUAGGUCUCCCAGUAUUAGCUUACUCUUCCCUUCUCUCUACUGAACCUGCUUUAAACUCACUUUUUCUGUGUGUGUGUGUAUGUGUGUGUGUGUGUGUAUGUGUGUGUGUGCGGGCAUGGGCGUGUGUGAUUUCUGGAUUUCCCUGCCUAUUAAUCUCACUGCUAAAAUUGUGUACUUGUGUCACCUAAACUGAUGUGUACAACAGAAAAGAAAAGCUGGAGCUGUGUGUAUGUGUGUGUGUGUGUGUAUGUGUGUGUGUGUGUAUUUGUGUGUGUGUGUGUGUGUGUGUUUACUUGUGCUUUUACACUUGUGAGACUUGACGUUCACAGCUGUUUACAUUUAAAGAUGUUACAUUUGUGUAAGUUUGUUAAGAACAUUGUUUUUUUAAAUAUAGUUUAUAAAAACUUUCAAAGUGGAUUACUUUUUUCAUGAAUAAAUAUUUAUUUUUUACACAGCUGUUUUAGCUAUGACUAUAGCUUUAUAUGUAUUAUAAGUUUAAAUUUAUAGCUACAUAUACAGCCACUGUUACAGCCAUAUUUAGCAGGUUUAAUAUAUUAUAUAGCUAUU